UCCAAAUUCCAAAAUAAAAAAAAAGUCGCGCUUCUCUUCUCUCAUUCAUCUUGUUGCUGCACGUUUAAAACCAUUUCUUGUGAAAAAGGACCCGACCCAACCCGACCCGACCCCAACCAACCUAACCAAACCUUUCUCUCCGUUCCUGAAAAAAAACCCCGCAAAUUGGAGAGAGAGAUUUAAAUUAAAAAAAAACAUAAAUCUGAUACAAUUUGCAUUUCUGACCUAUUUACUUAUGUAUUUGUUAUUAUAACAAUUUUUUUAAAUUAAGCUCCGAUCAGCGAUGGAGACGGAGUUUAUUGGCAAAUUAGUGAAGAAAGAGUUUAAAGAGCGCGGUGUUGGUGUUGUCUCGGGAAUUGUUCAAUCGUACGACGUGUCGUCUGGUUAUUUCGAGAUCCUUUACGAGGACGGUGAUUCUGAGCGGCUUGAUUUCUCCGGAGUUGCUUCUUUGUUACGACAAUCGGAAGAACCGGCUGAUCAUGAGCGUCGGCGUGGUAGGCCUAAGAAACGGCGACGUGUUGACCUAAGUAAGGUGAGUAAAGGUGGUUUUGAUUCUAAUUGUGGUUCUUUGUUAGGUGGUGAAACCCUAGGUAAUGGGAAUUUUGAUUUGAAUGAUGGAUUAGUUGAGGGUUAUAGUGGUAAUUUGAGAAAUGAUGUGGAUAAUGGAGUGAAGGAGGUGCUUGAUUUGAAUGCUGGGUUUAAUUUGAAUUUGAAUGAGGGAUUUGAUUUGAAUGAUGAAGGUGUUCGUUGUGUAAAUGGUAGUGAUGUUAGUGGAGAUAUGAAGAUGAAGAAUAGAGAGUGUAUUGACUUGAAUUUGGAAGUGAAUGGUGAUAUUGAUGAGAGUUUGAGUAAGGAUUUAGGGGCUAAUUUGAAGGAGAGGGAAAUUGGGUUUGAUUUGAAUUUGCAAAUUGAUGAGGAGGAGGCAAAUGGUGAACGUGGCCGGCUAGCUAAGGAGAUUAGUUCAAGUGAAGUGUUGGAGGGUAUUGCUAAUGGAGCUUGUUUCAUUGCUAAUGGGAUGCUUCAGGAAGUUCAUGUCACUGAUGAUUUGUCUGUACAGCUUGCUAAAGGGAUUUUGAAGAAGGGUACUGUUUCUAUUGAAGGUUCUGGGGGUGUUGACAGUGUGAAUGUGCAGGAUGCUAACACUUUUAAGGAGGAUUCUCCUGAAGUAAUCAAUGAGAAACAAUCUGAUGUGGGAAGUGUUCAUCAAGACCAGAGUGGUGAUGGUCCGAAGAGGAGGGGGAGGAGGAGGAAGACAUUAACUCAUGUAGAUAACUUGAAUUCUACUCCAGAAACAGUAGUAGUUAGAGAGGCUAAAAUAAUAAAUGGGAACCAGGAAGAUGUAAGAAGUUUAGACAAAGAAGGAAGUGGUAAUCUAAGUAAGCGCAGGAGGGGAAGGCCUCCCCGUACCUUGAAUUCUACAACAGAUACAGCAAUCAAUGCAGAGACUCAUUUUAUAAAAGAAGAUUGCAAUGUUGUAACUGAUGAGAAGCAAGGAGAUAUAGAAAGUGUAUAUACAGUGAUUGGUGGAAAGAAUAGAAGACUUUCAGAUCAUGUGAAUGCUACACCAGAGAGAACAGUGUUAAGGAGGAGUGCUCGUCGAGGUUUAGCAAAUAAUGAUGUCUUGCCUGUACCGUUUAGUGUGGCAAAUGAAUUCUCAGUGUCUCCAGCAGUUAGUGCAUUAACGGAGGAGAUACCUUUGAAGUUACGCCAUGAGUGGGACAAAGAGCCUCUGGCUUUUCCUGCAAAGGUGCAAUUGCCACCUUCUUCUCGGAAAUUGGAUUUGGCUGGUAUCCCAGUAGUCGACUUUUUCUCGGUUUAUGCUUGUCUAAGAUCAUUUAGUACAUUAUUGUUCUUAAGUCCCUUUGAGUUGGAGGAAUUUGUGGCAGCUCUUAGGUGCAGCUCUUCUAGUUCAUUAUUUGAUUCCAUUCAUGUUUGCAUUUUGCAAGCUCUAAAAAAGCAUAUGGACUAUCUUUCUAAUGAAGGUUCUGAAUCUGCUUCUAAUUGCUUGAGGAGUCUUAACUGGGGUUUCUUGGAUGUGAUUACGUGGCCUGUCUUCUUGGCUGAGUACCUCCUAUUUCUUGGUUCAGAUUUUGGAACUGGGAUCGAUCCUAGCCUCUUGAUGUUUUUAAAAAUUGACUACUAUAAACAGCCAGUAUCUCUGAAAAUUGAAAUUUUGAGAUAUUUGUGUGAUACUAUAAUUGAGGCAGAUGCCUUUAGGUCAGAGCUUGCUAGAAGAUCUUCUGGUGCUGAUGCUGAUGUAGACUUCGAUAGAAAUAUAAAUUCUGGGGCUUUGAGGAAAAGAAGGUCCGGGAUGGAUGCAUCAAUUGUCUCGGCUCUAACUGAGGAUGCAGUUGAUGACAGCAGUGAUUGGAACAGUGAUGAAUGUUGUCUUUGUAAGAUGGAUGGGAGCUUAAUAUGCUGUGAUGGCUGUCCUGCUGCCUAUCAUUCGAAGUGUGUCGGGGUCGUUAAUGACUCUUUGCCAGAGGGAGACUGGUUUUGCCCAGAGUGUGCCAUAGAGCGGCAAAAGCCUUGGAUGAAAACUCGGAAAUCACUUCGAGGGGCAGAGCUACUAGGGGCUGAUCCUUGCGGGCGACUAUAUUUUAGCAGUUGUGGUUAUUUAUUGGUGUCAGAUUCAUGCGAACCUGAAUCCUCAUUUAGUUUUUACCACAAAGAUGAUUUUAAUGGCGUUAUUCAAGUGCUGAGGUCGUCGGAGGUGAUAUAUGGAAGCAUAUUGGAGGUACUCCUUAAGCAUUGGGACAUCCCUGUCAAUAUAAAUGGAGCAAGCAAUCUGGAUACUCUGAAUCAUGACAUGUGUGUGCUUCCAUCUGUGGUGGCAUCUUCAGAGGCUCCAGGUGAUAUUCACAUUGUGGGCCAAACAUGUUUAAGUUCUGAAGGAUCAGCUGAAACCAUACAAACAAGUCUAGAGAAUCAUAAUUCUAAGACAGAACUGCCUAGUUGUUCUAAUAAAUCCACUGAACCAUUGGGAGAUGAUUGUUUGACACCAAAAAAAGAAAUUGUUAUAGGAUCAUCAACUGAUGGCUGUACAUUGACUGCAUUAAAUGGAACAAAUGCGGAUGCAUCCCAAGGGAAGGUGGGGACUGGCUAUUUGAACUAUUACAGUUUUGGUCAUACAGCUUCAUUAGUUGCGGAAGAUUUUAUGCGCAAGCCAUCAGACAAAAAAACUGAAGUGAUUAUAAUGUCAGCUGAGGAGAUAAUUUCUGCGCAGAUGAAGAUUAUGUCAAAAAGUUGUGCCAAGUUUCAUUGGCCAAAUAUUCCUAGCUUAAGUGUUAAUAUCCAGAAAGAAAAUUGUGGGUGGUGCUUCUCUUGCAGGGCUUCUUCUGAUGACUCAGGUUGCUUGUUUAAUAUGAGUUUGGCCCCUGUUGGGAAAGGAUCUCUAGCUGAGGUGGUUGGCCUUCAAUCAAAAAGGAACAAGAUAGGCCAUCUUAUAGAUAUAGUUGGUCACAUUCUCGUGAUAGAAGACAGGUUGCAGGGGCUUCUAUUAGGUCCCUGGCUGAAUCCACAUUAUAGCAAGCUUUGGCGUAAAAGUAUUCUCAAGGCAUCUGAUAUUGUGUCCGUAAAACAUUUACUUCUCACUUUGGAGUCAAAUAUUAGCCGUCUUGCACUUUCUGCAGAGUGGUUGAAACAUGUGGAUGUUUCCACCACAGUUGGUUCAGCUUCUCAUAUUAUCAUCGCUUCAUCACGAGCAUCUUCAAAGAACGGAAUUGGUAAGAAAAAGGCCAGGUACCCGGAAAGUGAUUCUAAUCCUUCUUCCAAUUCUUCCAGUGGGUUGAGUAUGCUUUGGUGGAGGGGUGGUAGGGUUUCACGCCGUUUAUUCAGUUGGAAGGCUGUACCCUGCUCUUUGGUAUCCAAGGCUGCCAGACAAGCUGGAAGUAAGAAGAUAUUAGGCGUGGUGUACCCUGAAAAUUCAGAUUUUGCAAAGAGGAGCAAAUACAUUGCUUGGCGAGCUGCUGUGGAGUUAUCAACAACUGUAGAACAACUUGCCUUACAGGUUAGAGAGUUUGAUUCAAACAUCAAGUGGGAUGAAAUUUUGAAUACUAUUUCACUUCCAAUGGCGGACAAGGACUGUAGGAAAUCAAUCAGGUUGUUCAAGAAAGCAAUUAUUCGCAGAAAGGCCGUUGAAGCAGAAGUAACCAAGUAUCUUCUUGAUUUUGGCAAGAGGAGAUGUAUUCCUGAAAUUGUUAUAAAAAAGGGAUCUGCAGUAGAAGAGUCUGCCAGUGAAAGAAAGAAAUAUUGGUUGAAUGAAUCUUAUGUCCCCUUGCAUCUUCUCAAAAGUUUUGAAGAGAAAAGAAUUGCCCGCAGAUCUAGUAAGAUGAGUUCUGGGAAACUCUCUGAUGCAGAUCUAUUAACAAAGAAGCCCUUGAAGGAAAGAGGUUUUUCGUAUCUUCUUGCAAAAGCAGAAAGACCCGAGUACCAUCAGUGCAGGCACUGCAACAAAGAUGUUCCAAUCAGGGAAGCUGUUUGCUGUCAGUAUUGCCAGGGUUCUUUCCAUAAAAGGCACGUGAGGAAGUCUAUGGGUUCCGUAUCUGCUCAAUGCAAAUAUACAUGCCAUCGUUGCGUUGAUGGGAAUUACAUGAAAGUCGACUCAGAGACGGCGAAGAAUGAUGCUAAAAAGGCAAAAAAGAAAAAUAGGAGCUCAAAAAAUCAGUAUCAGAAGUCGAAAAAGGUCUCUGAAGGGACUAGCUCAGUGCAUCCUAAAAAUAGUAAAAAAACAUUGAGGAACUCAAGGUCAUUAAGAUCAGAGAAAAACAAGAAAGUUACUAUUGUAGUACCUUUGCGUCGUUCACCUAGGAAAGCUAAAUUAAAUGCUUUGCAAAACAAAAAGGCCAGAGGACGAAAGAAGGGUAAACCGGGUAGAGGUCGACCCAAAAAGGUAACAGGUCAACAACCAACAAAGGCUACUUCAUGGCGCAAGAAGAGGACACAGGCUUAUCAUAGUUACUGGCUUAAUGGUCUUCUGUUGACCAGAAAGCCAGAGGAUGAACGUGUGAUGCAUUUUAGGAAGAAAAGGUUUGUUGCCCCUUCUCAGAGUGUUAUUUAUGAUCAACCCACAUGCCGUCUAUGCUCUGAAGCAGGAUAUACAUCUACUGUGAAUUAUAUUUCUUGUGAGAUGUGUGGAGGGUGGUUUCAUGGAGAUGCUCUUGGACUGGAUGCAGAGAACAUAAACAAGCUUAUAGGAUUUAGGUGCCACAUGUGCCGUAACAAUACCCCCCCUGUCUGCCCAUUUGCAUCGUUAACAAAAGACCAUGAAUCUAGCAUGGACGUGGUUGAAAAUAGUGUUGCAAAUGAGUUCUGUGCGGAAGGAACUGGUGUUAAAUAUCAAACUGAGGUAAACUUAUUGCAAGAAUCCCAUGUAAAUGAGGACAAUCAAGGUUCACUUCAUGCUGAUAAUUCUCCCCAGGGAUUGGAUGACAAGAGUUUCGUGCCUGAAUCUAAGUUGGAAAUAGGCAAUGAGAUUGAUCAGAUGGAACCCACUUCAUGCAGCAUUGGUGUGGAUGUGAUGGAAUCUGAGUCCAUUGAGUUGCAUCCCCAAUUAUCUAUGGAAUCAGCUGAAUUAUUAGAUGAGGGAGGAAAUCAAGUCCCGAGUUUGAUGGGUAGUCCUCAAUUAGAGAAAUGAAGAAUUGUAGAGGCUAGAGUUAUUUGUAAGGUUAGAAUUACCUGUAAAUCUUCUAAUGCUGUUAAAGUUCAUGACAUACACUGAGAUGAUUCAUUUGAAACCGAGAAAUACAGAGUUAACUUGGAGCUGCUGUCUCUUACUGAUUCCUGUCUCCCUGAAGAUUACCUGACCUUAUUGCUGGAUAUGCAAUAUCAGAAAGUUCACACCCGAAAGCUAAUCUGGAGAGGCUUGAUCAUCCUAUGACACGGUCUGCUAAAGGUGAGUAUUGCGAGGUCGUGAAAUUAACGCGUUAUUUUAUAACCGAGUGAACUGUCUUAGUGUUUGCAUUCAGGCGUUUUUAACAUCCAUAGGUCAGAUUGAUGUCCGAUUUGGAUGUAGUAAUUGAUAGCUGCAAAAAUUCUAAUUUAGGUACCAUCUGAAAUGGUCAGAUAUUUAACCAUGGAUUGGUAUAGUUACUUCAAUAGUCUGAUUGAAUUGCUUGUAUUGCACCAUUUCAUUUUUGUGCGAUUCUGUAUAUGAAUAGAAAAGGCGGCAAAUUAUGGAAAUAUGUUUUCUUCAACUA